AUGGAUGAAUUAAGAAAACAUAAGUCUUCUGAACAUUCAAAUAAUACUAUAUUGCAAGAAAACUAUGUUGCACCCACUAUUACAUCAUCAAAUAAUGAAAAUCAAAUAGUUCCAAAUCAAAACGGAAAUUUAACCGAAUUUUCUCAAAAUUCAAAAAAUAUUAAUGGUGAAAUACCGGCUAUUGAAACUAAAAGCGAAUAUUCUACAAAAUCUCCGGUUAAUAUAAAUGAUGUUGCGUUAAAAGAGAAACCGGAACCAUCAGCACCCCUUUUACCAUCCUCCAAUGAAUAUGUAAUAACUCAGCAACCUCCACCAUAUAUGCAUCAAGAACAGCCAUAUACACAACAAUCGCAGCGACAACAGUAUACAACUUCAGUUUCUCCCAUAUAUUCGGGCGAUCCGUGUUGUAUUUGUUGCUGCCGCCCUACUAUACAUUGUGGUAAUUGUUGUUGUGAUGGGUCUUCAAACGGGAACGUAGUAGAUGGUGCGGUUCCUGCUUCAAAUGAUGAGGAUUGUAUUGAUUGUUGUUGUGAUUGUUGCUGUCAUUCAUGCAGAGCUAUUGUAACUGCAGCUGAUUGUAAAAGUUGUGAUUGUGACUGUGGAGAUUGUGAUUGUAACUGUGGUGAUUGUGACUGUGGAGAUUGUGACUGUGGAGAUUGUGACUGUGGAAAUUGUGAUUGCGACUGUGGAAGUUGCUCGAUUAUGUAG